AUGGACUUCGCAGCCGUACCCAAGACGCGUUUCGUGUUAGCUCAAAGCGAUUUCGAUUGGAGCGCGAUCGAACCAACGACCAAUUUAUCUUGGGUGGACUGUUACUCAAACUACAAAUGCGCGCGUUUCCAGGUUCCCAUUGACUACUCUAACGAGGCUGGUGACAAGGCGGCUAUCGCGGUAAUCAAACUGCCUGCGCAAUCUCAGACAGACUAUAAAGGAGCAGUAUUGAUGAAUCCCGGAGGUCCUGGCGGCAGUGGAGUCGCGGAUGUAGUUUACGCUGGUCCACUAUUCGCGUCUGUCAUUGGGACUCAAUACGAUCUUAUCAGCUUCGAUCCUCGUGGAGUCGGUAAUUCGACGCCUCGAGCAGAAUUCUUUCUCACAAAAGAAGAACGCUCGCUCUGGCUUGCUGAUCCCAAUCAUUGGACGGCUGCUCCUAACACAAGCUCGGACCAGAUUCCUCAUCUAUGGGCGUCGUCGCAUGUUAUAGCGGAAGUGGCCAAGGAAAGGGAUAAUGGAAUCUUGAAUUACAUUGGUACUGACAAUGUUGCACGGGACAUGCUGGCAAUCAAUGAAGCAGUGGGUCAUGAGAAGUUGCAGUAUUGGGGGUUCUCUUAUGGAACUAUUCUCGGAACCACGUUCGCUACAAUGUUUCCCGAUAAAGUCGAACGUAUGGUGCUUGAUGGUGUAGCAGAUGUGGAUGGCUACUAUAGUGGUGACUGGCGCAAUAACUUUCUCGAUACCGACAAGGACAUGCAAUCUAUCUUUGACGCAUGCGUAGCUGCUGGACCUGAAGCAUGCGCUUUCUACGCCCCUACUUCGGAAGAGAUAUCCAAUAAUCUCAACUCUCUAUAUGAAUCCCUUCGCGCCCAGCCAGUCCCAGUCGUAACCCCAUCGUUUUAUGGUGUCGUCGACUAUGCCGCCUUGCGAACAGCAGUGAAGUACACCCUGUAUCGACCGUAUGUAUAUGCAUCUGUUUUCGCCCAAGGUCUCGCUGCUCUCGCAGCAGGGGACGGAAGCAUAAUAUACGAGAUGCAAGCACCGGUGAACGACCCCUCUACCGUUUAUGAUAAUGGCUUGGAGGCAGAAAUUGCUAUUUCCUGCAGUGAUGCACUGAAUAAUACGGACUCCCUGCCAGAUUUGUUGGCGUACUGGGACAGUAUCAAGGGAGUAUCAACCUUUUCUGAUUUACUCUUCACGCAGAUGCUUAGCUGCACCGGAUGGAAAUUCCAUCGUGAAGGCAGUUUUACGGGUCCGGUCGGCGGCAACACCAAUUAUCCUAUUCUUUUCGUAGGAAACGUGGCUGAUCCCGUUACAUCAAUUGCCGGGGCAAAGAAGGCGUCCAGCGCAUUCCCUGGCUCUGUCGUUCUAACUCAAAACUCGUCAGGGCACGGUUCUCCGGCCGCUUCGUCUGCAUGCACACAAGCAUACGUUCAAGCGUACUUUCAGAACGGCACUCUUCCCGGAGAUGGAACAAUCUGUGAGAUUGAGUCUCAGAUGUUCCCAGCUUCUUCAAACACCACUGAUCAGCGACGUGCUUUCCUCGGUCGCCAACCAAUGACUCCGGAACAUAUUCACUAAUUCUUUCAAUUGGUGCAUUGUUACGGUUUGUCAAGUAUAUUCAACACUGUCUCCUUUCUGGUUUGCUUUAUUGCAGCUUUACACGUCCAAUUCAUCCGUCCUUCAUCCUGUUCUACUGGGAUGCUCCUAUGUAGCCCCAUUUUCUUAUAUGUACUACUCCUUCGGUCUUAAAUCAAUAAUUCGUGUUGCGGAAAAGAUACCCUGUUCACAAUUUUCAC